GCCUGGCUACCUCAAGCACGGUGAAGCUGUAAAUGCUUCUUCUUCGUUGUGACCUUAUAUAGUGACAUACUUAAUGAUUUAAUCGGUUUUUGCGAGUGAGGUGUCAAUUUAAUAUUCUUUCCCUGAACGUCAUAGAGUUUAAUAUUGUUACAUAUUUAGUUGUGUAACAAUAAAUGCUUGGAGUGACGGCAAACAGAGGAGGUUCAAAGAUGACUUCAAGUUUGGUGUCUCAACAGCUGCUUAUCAAGUGGAAGGGGCAUGGGAUACCGAUGGCAAAGGUGAAAGUAUUUGGGACACAUAUAUGCACAGUCAUCCUGAAUUAGUAGCGGAUGGUAGGAAUGGUGAUGUCGCGUGCGAUUCCUACCACAAAUAUAAGCGGGAUGUGGAAUUAUUGAGAGAGCUUGGAGUCGAUUAUUACAGGUUUUCUAUUUCUUGGCCGCGGGUGCUGCCAUCUGGUUUCCCACACGAACAGAACGAGCAUGGUUUCCAAUACUACGACAAUUUAAUAGAUGAACUUUUAAACUACAAUAUAACACCAAUGAUCACCUUAUAUCACUUCGAUUUGCCUCAAAAACUACAAGAUUUAGGAGGCUGGGUUAAUCCAUUAUCUAGUGAUUGGUUCGAAGAUUAUGCGAGGGUAGUUUUUAAUAAAUAUGCUCACAAAGUACCUUUUUGGAUAACUAUAAACCAACCAAAUGCAAUAUGUAUAUACGGAUAUGGUGAUAGAAUGUUAGCACCUGGAAUUGAUGCGAAAGGUGUUAGUGAAUAUCUCUGUGCUAAGAAUAUAUUAUUGGCUCACGCUAAAGUUUACAGGUUAUAUGAAAGAGAAUUUAAGAAGAAGUAUAAAGGAUCGGUGGGUAUAUCGAUGGCAAUAAAUUGGUCAGAUCCACUGAAUAAUAAAACUGAAAAUGUCGAAGCGGUAGAAAGAUAUCGAGAAUUUGAGAUGGGCGUAUAUUUGGAUCCAAUAUGGUCAAAAAAAGGUGAUUUUUCAUCUGUGGUCAAAAAAAUCGUAGAAAAGAAGAGUAAACAACAAGGUUUUUAUAGAUCCAGAUUGCCAACACUUAGCCCGGAAGAAAUAAAUCUGUUAAAAGGUUCAGCGGAUUUCCUUGGCAUUAAUCACUAUACUACAUUUCUGAUCAAACCUUCUACUAAAAAUCUCCAUUCGCCAUCGUACGCAGAUGACAUUGGUGUAGAUUUGGUGUUAGGUGAACAUUGGGAACAGUCCGCGUCUAACUGGCUUAGAAGUGCUCCUUAUGGCUUAUACAAGCUGUGUAUAUUCCUCAACUUACGGUACGAUUAUCCAACAAUGUUCAUAACAGAGAAUGGCUGGUCGACAAAGACUGGACUAUGGGAUAGAAGUAGGGCAGAGACAAUGAGGAGAUAUUUAAACGCUUUAUUACUGGCUAUAGAAGAUGGUACUGAAGUUAAAGGUUAUACAGUAUGGAGUCUAAUGGAUAAUAUUGAAUGGAUUGCAGGGAGUAGUGAACGCUUCGGACUGUACGAGGUUGAUUUUGAAUCUGAAGAAAAAACAAGAACGGCUCGUCUCUCUGCCCACGUAUACAAAAGAAUAAUAAAGAAGAGAAUAAUAGAAGAAAAUUGGGAACCGAAAAACUUGAAAAUAAAUAAACCGAAAAGAGUUGAUUUGUAAUCUAUGUAUCAGAAUUAAGUUUGAAAGU